GAGGCUAUUGAGCUCCUGAGUUCUGCGCUCCGGGCAAGGCGCCUCCUGGUGAUUGGGCGAGCUCAGCUCCCAGGUCAAGCAGGUGUCAGAGCACUGUGCUGUGUCUCCAGCAGUUCUGAGGGUGAGCGGAGCAGCGGAGCCUGCGCAUCUUCCGUGCUCUCUCUGUCCUGGUGACUUCUGAGUUGGAACAUGGUGCAAAAAUAUCAGUCUCCUGUACGAGUAUACAAGUAUCCAUUCGAGCUGGUCAUGGCGGCCUACGAGAAGCGCUUCCCCACCUGCCCGCUUAUCCCAGUCUUUCUGGGGAGUGAAGUCCUGGGCGAGUGGCGGAGCGCAGAUGGGGCAGUGCACACCGUGGAGCGGAGCUGCAGGCUGCGAGUGGAUGCCCCGCGGCUGCUGCGGAAGAUUGCUGGUGUGGAGCACGUGGUCUUCAUUCAGAGAAACGUCCUGAACUGGAGAGAGAGAACGCUGCUGAUAGAUGCUCACAAUGAGACGUUUGCGAGCCGAGUGACAGUGAAGGAGAGCUGCCGCUACACAGUCCAUCCUGAGAAUGAAGACUGGACUUGCUUUGAACAGUCUGCCUCCCUGGAUGUCCGCUCUUUCUUUGGCUUUGAAAGCACGUUGGAGAAGAUCGCCAUGAAGCAGUACACUGCCAAUGUCAAGAGGGGGAAGGAGGUGAUUGAACACUAUCUGAAUGAGCUCAUUUCCCAGGGAACAUCCCACAUUCCCCGCUGGACACCAGCCCCAGUCCAGGAGGAGGAUGUCCGCAGCCAGCUUGUGCCCCAGUGCCCUAGCUCCCUGGACAUGGAUGGUCCCAGUGAUGCCCCAGGCCCUGCUCCUGAGAUGGCCAUUGCAGAUGGGGACAAGCUGGAUGCAGACUACAUUGAGAGAUGUCUGGGCCAUCUCAGUCCCAUGCAGGAGAGUUGCCUGGUUCAGCUUCGGCACUGGUUACAGGAGACCCACAAAGGCAAGAUCCCCAAAGACGAGCAUAUCCUGCGCUUCCUGAGGGCACGAGACUUCCAUCUGGACAAGGCGCGGGACAUGUUGUGCCAGUCCUUGAGCUGGCGGAAGCAGCACCAGGUGGAUCUCCUUCUGCAGACCUGGCGGCCCCCUCCCCCCCUGCAGGAGUUCUAUGCUGGAGGCUGGCACUACCAGGAUAUAGAUGGCCGCCCCCUUUACAUCCUGCGCCUGGGGCAGAUGGACACCAAAGGCCUGAUGAAGGCGGUAGGAGAGGAAGCUCUGCUGCAGCACGUUCUUUCUGUCAACGAGGAAGGACAGAAGAGAUGCGAAGGAAACACGAGACAAUUUGGGCGUCCCAUCAGCUCCUGGACCUGCUUGCUGGACCUGGAGGGUCUCAACAUGCGGCAUUUGUGGCGACCUGGAGUGAAAGCCCUACUGCGGAUGAUCGAGGUGGUGGAGGACAAUUACCCCGAGACUCUGGGCAGGCUGCUCAUCGUGCGUGCUCCCCGAGUCUUCCCAGUGCUAUGGACGCUGGUCAGCCCCUUCAUCAAUGAGAACACCAGGCAGAAGUUCCUCAUCUACAGUGGCAGUAAUUACCAGGGCCCUGGCGGCCUAGUGGACUAUCUGGACAAGGAUGUGAUCCCUGACUUCCUCGGAGGGGAGAGCGUGUGUAAUGUUCCAGAAGGAGGGAUGGUCCCCAAGUCCCUCUAUCUGACAGAGGAGGAGCAGGAGCAGGCUGACCAGCUACAGCAGUGGAGUGAAACCUACCAUUCUGCCAGUGUGCUCCGAGGGACCCCCUAUGAGGUUGCCAUGGAGAUACCAGAAGGGGAGUCAGUCAUCACCUGGGACUUUGAUAUCCUCAGAGGGGAUGUGGUGUUCAGUCUGUACCAUGCAAAGCAGGCACCCAAGCUCAGUCCCCAGGAGCCUGGAGUGAGAGCCAGUGGGCAGCUGAUUGACAAGAGCUGGAUCCUGGGGGUGGAUUACAGCCGUGUAGAGGCACCCCUCAUCUGCCGGGAAGGGCAGAGCAUUCAGGGAUCCCAUGUUACUCAGUGGCCUGGCAUCUACCUGCUCCAGUGGCGGAUUCACAGUCCCCCUGAGAGUGUGGCCUGCAGUCUCCCAGGUGUGGAUGAUGUCCUGACAGCUCUGCACAGCCCUGGCCCCAAGUGCAAGCUGCUGUACUACUGUGAAGUGCUGGCAUCUGAAGACUUUAGGGGCUCCAUGUCCAGCCUGGAAUCCUGUGCCAGCCGCUUCUCUCAGCUCAGCGCCACCACCUCCUCUUCCUCCUCUGGCCAGUCCCACAGUGGCUCGAUGGUGUCCAGAUAG